AUGAUGUCUGCUCUGGCUGCACGAGACCAACUUCACCUUUUGCAUGGUUCCUGCGACUUGCUGGAAUGGUGGCGGCGCUUCGCAAAGGACAACCCUUUCCUUGCUAAAGCUGGGCACCUUUUGCGAUCCUACGCAAGGGUCGCCAAAAAGACUGGCGAGAGUACGAGCAAUGGCAUAUGUUGGCUUUGCUUGGCAGGGACUGACGGUGUGGUGUUCGAAAACUUCAACCUUCACCCCGAAUGGUCUCACACAAUGUAUGAUUCUUUGCCGUGGCGAGAGCUUCCACCGUUUUUUCGGGCUCUUGGGUGUUCUGAUGAGGACACUACGCUUCCACAGUGUCUUUUCUUCGAUUGUUGGCACAACUUUCACGGAGGACUUGGCAAACACAUGGUCGCUUCCACUGCAGUGGAAGUGUUGCAAAACAUGGGGCAAGGAAAUCUUCAGACGAGGGUGCAGCAGCUCAACGAUGCAUAUGAGGCCUGGCGCGAGGUCUCCAAGCUCAAGCUGCACUGUGGACGGCUGGAUAAAGAAUUGUUUGGCAUUGAAUCCGGCACCAUGGCCUGCCCGACUGGAACCUGGUCCAAGUUCAACGACACGAGGAUUCUCAUGUCGUUCUUGGAGCAUUUCUUGUCCAACAACGGGCAGCAGUACGUAGCCACUAGGAUCACCCGAGAAGCUUUGGCUGGCAUCCGAGCCGCAAACGUGUGCUUCCGGACCUGCUAUUCCUCGGGCUUUUGGAUGACUGCUGCGGAGGCUGAGAGAGCUGGCGCAGCAGGACUCCAUUUUCUGGCAUCGUACAGCCGUGUAGCAAUGUGGGCACUGGAGGAGGGGCGCAUUCGAUACCCGAUGAUGCCAAAGGCACAUUACCUCCACCACAGCUUUCGAGACAUGUUUCUCGCGGGCCGGAGUGGCAGCACAUGGUGCCAAAAUGCCCUAUCCAGCUCCGUCCAAAUGGACGAGGAUUUCAUCGGCCAGAUCGCCCGUUUGAGUAGGCGUGUGGGAAGUCAGCUGCUCAUGCAAAGAACAGUGCAGCGCUAUCUCCUGGCCUUACACUUGGAGCUUUACGAUGAAGACUCAGCUCCGUCGUCAAGUCGAAAACCAUGCGUGCAAAUGCCAUAG